AUGCUGAAAGGAUUUAAGCAUAUUUUAAACACAUCACAUAUUCUUUCAUUAGAUUUUUCUUUUGGCGCACGUUUUUAUAAAUCAUGUUUUUCUUCGCGUACAACAUAUGAAAAUAAUACAUAUGAACAAUUGGAGGCUCUAAAAUUUCCUGGGCUUGUUAUAUAUGUUAAUAAAGAUAAUAUAGAAAAAUAUCAAGAGAACAUUUUGAAGUAUUUCAAUACAAAUGUUAUUGGAUUCGACACGGAAUUUAUUAUUGAUAUAAAUGAAAAAGAGAAUAAUAAUGAGAACAGAUCAAUAAGUUGUUAUAUUAAAAAUGGAAAGGAUAAUAAUUAUAUAAAUUCACAAUUAAUAAAUAUAUUUAAAAAAAAAAAAAAAAAUUAUGCAUAUAACUUAUGUAAUAAUGAAAAGAAUAAAAUUUUAUGUUUAAUUCAAUUAUGCUCUUCUGAUUUAUGUUUUGUAUUUAAUAUUCACAAAUUAAAUGGACAUAUCCCUAUAAGCGUAAAAAAUAUUCUAGAGAACGAAGAAAUUAUAAAAGUUGCUCAUGAUAUUAAAAAUGAAAAGGAUAUGUUUCUAUCAAAUAAUAUACAAAUAAAAAAUGUUUUUGAUUUAUAUAAUUAUGCCAUUGAUAAUUUUAUAUAUCCUCCUUCAUUACAAUCUUUAGUUAAAAUAUAUCUUAACAAAUUCUUAGAUAAAAAAUUUAGACUAUCCAACUGGUUAAAUUAUUCCUUAUUACAAGAACAAAUACUCUAUGCAGCAGUCGAUGCAUAUGCAUCUAGACAAAUAUAUUUUCAUUUGGACGAAAACAAAAAAAAAAGUCAAUCUUAUAUUCUUAAUUAUAUCCUACAAGAAAACCAAAUAAAAUCAUGUUAUCAAAAGUUUAAUAAAUAUACAUAUAAAAAAAAGGACCUCAAUAAUGAAAAUAUCAUAAAAAUAGAAGAAAAAAACAUACAAAAUAUCGAAUCUAUCAAUAAUACUAUACACAAUCAAAAAAAAAAAAAUAAUAUAAACAAUCAACAUCAAAAUGAAUAUGAUUCAAAUAUUAAACAAUUACAAUCUUUCUAUACACAUAGUAAUCAAAACAAGAAAAAUUAUGAAUUUGUAGAAAAAUACAAACUUCAAUUAAUAAACAGUUUAAAAAAUGAAAUUCAUAACAAGUGUACUAAUAUGACUAAUAUCUCAUUUGUCCAAGAAAUGACUUUCACAAAUAAUACUUAUAAAAAUAUUUUGUCCUUAAAACAUAAUCAAAAUAAUUAUAAUUUCAUAAAGUUCUCUUCGGUCAAUUAUGAUGAGGAAAUAAAUUCAUGCUACCAAAUUUUAACAUACCUUGAUCACACGCUCUGCACAUAA